AUGGAGCCGAUCAAUGAUCCUGAAAAUCAAUCUCUUGAACCAUCAAAGUCCACUGCCAAAGACUCUCCCAAGUCUCCAUCAGCUCUAAAAAAAGACGACAAAAAGCGAGAUGAUGAGAAUGAAAAGAAGAAGCAAUCGUUCAUGGCACAUUGGAAAUACAAACCUGGUCCGAAUGCAUCUGUGGCCUCUUUAUAUAUAUAUAAUAAUAUGACACUUGGAAAUAAUGUACCACCUCCAAAUGUAAAUUCAACAAACAACAAUUCAUCAUCAAAUCCCCAAACACCAAUUUCACAAACCAAUAAUUCACCUCCUUCCACCACCUCAGUACCAAUGGCACUUUCACCAAAGCUGACGAACAGCCAAUCGGUAGAUUCACCACCCGAAGUUCCAAACUCACCAGAGUUUAAAAAAGGUCGUCGGAAUUCAACUCCCAACAUGAAUAAUUUUAUAACACACUGGAAAUUUGAUCCACGUGCUCAACAAAAACAACAAAGACAACAGCAAUUGAUUGGACAUCACCAACAACAAAUGUAUAUGAAGAGAAUGAGUAAUUUGAAUUUAAACAUACCAUCUUCACCAGAAAUUGAUAUUUCAAAUAAUUCACCACAACAACAACAACAACAACAAUUGGAAUAUUAUAAUUCACAACAACAACAAGUUCAACAUCAAACUCCUCCGAGAACAAUUCCUACUACCUAUUUUCAUCCUUAUUCAGGACGCCCAAGAGCUCCUUCGAUUGGCACACUUCCAUCUUCUCCAAGAUAUGAGGUAUACUCUACAUCGCCACCUCCUCCAGAGAUGAGAACCGAAAGAAGAAUGUCUUUACCUAAUGUCCCAUAUGGACAGCCACCUGUAUCACCUAAAUUUUACUAUCAACAACAACAGCAGCAACAACAACCACAACAACCACAAAACCCUCCAUUUACAUAUAUUCCACCUUCAUCACCUCUGUCAUCUUCAUCGACACCUAGAAAUAUAUAUCUAGACACCAUACCCGAGGUUCCAACUCACCAACAAUAUAUUGUUGGUAGUGAAUACUCAUCUGUAACUGGAUCACCAAUUACCUCACCAUAUAUAUUAUCAAACACCCCAUCACCACCAUAUUCUCCUGUUUUUGCACCUAACGUUAAAAUACCAACCAUUCAAUCACCAACGCAAUCAUCCAUCGUAUCCUCCAGAAGAAUGUCCGCUCCUUUAUUGUCGGCUUAUGAAGAGCAACCAACAACCACAACAACUGUAUAUAGGCAAGCACAACCACUACCACCUAGUUUUAUUCCACAACAUCCAUUCCAACAACAAAAACAACAACAAUCUAUUGAACCAACAAAAUAUGAACAUGCUGGACACCAAAAAUCACAUCAACCACAACUUCAACAAUCUCAACAAAAUCCUCCACAACACCAUCAAUCUCAGCAAACUGUGGUGACCUUAGAAAACAAACUCCCAUCUAUGAGGGAUUUAUUAAAUAAUUUAAAUAUUCAUGAACAACAACAACAAAGAAUCAAUGAACAAAAUCCAAUCUUUGAAAGAAAAGAAGAUCACCAUCUUAAUAACAAUAAUAAUGAAUCAAAUAAUGAUAAUGAUAAUGAUAAUAAGAAUAAUUCAAAAAUGUGUAUAAUAAAUUUAGUACAGUAA